CGGAGGCGGCGUGAUUCUCUUCUCCAGAGAGAGAAAGAAGAGACAGACAGAGAGAGAGAGAGAGAGAGGAGAAGAAGCGCCAGCGCCGAUGGGAUCACUGGAGACGCGGUACCGGCCGGCCGGAGCGCCUGAUGACACAACUAAGAGGAGGACCCCCAAAAGCAAGAGUUUCAAAGAUGUCGAAAAUUUUGGAGUUCUUGUCCUUGAAAAGAACUCUGGUUGCAAGUUCAAAACUUUGCGAUACUUGCUCCUAGCUAUCACUUCUGCCACAUUCCUUACCCUCCUAACUCCAACCUUGUAUGAGCGUCAGUUACAGUCCAGUUCUCGGUAUGUGGAUGUUGGUUGGAUAUGGGACAAACCAAGUUAUGACCCACGAUAUGUAUCAUCUGUUAAUGUUCGGUGGGAGGAUGUAUAUAAAGCACUGGAAAAUCUCAAUGUUGGUAGCCAGAAGCUCAAAGUUGGACUCUUGAAUUUUAACAGCACUGAGUAUGGCUCUUGGACACAAUUGCUCCCAGACAGUGAUGUUUCCAUUAUAAGACUUGAGCAUGCCAAGGGCAGCAUUACUUGGGAGACACUGUAUCCUGAAUGGAUUGACGAGGAGGAAGAAUCUGAUAUACCAUCUUGUCCCUCACUUCCAGAUCCUAAUGUUCGAAAAGGUUCACACUUUGAUGUCAUUGCUGUGAAACUUCCUUGUAUCCGGGUGGCAGGUUGGUCAAGAGAUGUUGCACGACUCCAUUUGCAGCUCUCAGCGGCAAAAUUGGCUGUAACCUCUUCAAGAGGCAACCAGAAGGUUCAUGUGCUAUUUGUAACUGACUGCUUCCCUAUCCCCAAUCUCUUCCCUUGCAAGAACCUUGUGAAACAUGAAGGCAAUGCGUGGUUAUAUAGUCCUGAUUUAAAGGCUUUAAGAGAAAAGCUCAGGCUUCCAGUUGGAUCCUGUGAGCUUGCUGUUCCACUCAAAGCAAAAGCAAGACUCUACUCAGUGGAUCGAAGAAGAGAAGCUUAUGCUACUAUACUGCACUCAGCAAGCGAAUAUGUCUGUGGUGCGAUCUCAGCAGCUCAAAGCAUUCGCCAAGCAGGGUCAUCUAGGGAUCUGAUUAUUCUUGUCGAUGAGACAAUAAGUGAUCACCACCGAAAAGGAUUGGAAUCUGCAGGCUGGAAGGUCAGGUUAAUCCAAAGAAUCAGGAAUCCAAAAGCUGAGCGUGAUGCUUACAACGAGUGGAACUACAGUAAGUUCAGGUUGUGGCAGCUGACCGACUACGACAAGAUCAUUUUCAUAGAUGCUGAUCUCCUUAUCCUGAGGAAUGUUGACUUCCUGUUUGCGAUGCCAGAGAUCACUGCAACUGGCAACAACGCAACGCUCUUCAACUCUGGUGUCAUGGUCAUUGAGCCAUCAAACUGCACAUUCCAGCUAUUGAUGGAUCACAUCGAUGAGAUAACAUCGUACAACGGUGGUGACCAAGGAUACCUGAACGAAAUAUUCACAUGGUGGCACCGCAUCCCGAAGCACAUGAACUUCUUGAAGCAUUUCUGGGAAGGGGACAACGAGUCUGUGAAGGCGAAGAAGACUGAGUUGUUUGGCGCAGACCCACCUGUUCUCUAUGUCCUUCACUACCUAGGCCUGAAACCAUGGCUGUGCUUCAGAGACUAUGACUGCAACUGGAACAACCCCGUGAUGCGCGAAUUCGCAAGCGAUGUCGCGCACGCCCGGUGGUGGAAGGUCCACGACAAGAUGCCCGAGAAGCUCCAGUCCUACUGCUUUCUGAGAUCCAGGCUGAAGGCUGGGCUGGAAUGGGACCGGAGGCAGGCUGAGAAGGCAAGCUUCGACGAUGGACAUUGGCGGCGAAAUAUCACCGAUCCAAGGCUGAAUAUCUGCUUCGAGAAGUUCUGCUUCUGGGAGAGUAUGCUGUGGCACUGGGGUGAGAAGAACCCGACGGGCAGCGACCCUGUGCCGGCGACGCAAAGCUCAUGAUCCUGUAGAUAGCUCAAGAUAUUAGUCAGUACACAAAAAACUCCUAUAUAGCACUAUACAUGCAUAGCAACAGCUUGUGUAGGUUGCCAUGCUUAGGCCUUUCCAAUACAAAAAAAACACACCCUCCAUUGCUGUCAUGGCUGCAGCUCUAUCUCGCUGCAUUGAUGGCCAACAAUUCUUUCGGGUUGGUUUAGCUAAUAAGUUAUGGCACAUGUAAAUUCCUUGAUGGAAACCUGCGUACU